UGAUUGUUGUGGUAGUCUGAUUGUUGUGGUAGUCUGGUUGUUGUGGAGGUUGCAGAUACUGUAGUAAAUCAUCUGGACUGCUAAUUUUGAUGCUGACUAUAAGAUAAUAACAGCAGAUCAUCCAUUGCGUCACGUUUCAUUUCAGUUAUUAGAAGUUUCUUAAAAAGCAGAUAAUGCAUCUUUAAACAGUGAGUAGACAGCUAGGACAAUUCUCAGAGAAAAAUAAGCUCUGAUUUGAGCCAGUCAGUCUUACUACAACGAAAAAUAAAAAGAAUAAUUAUAAAACAUUGGCAAUCAGCACUGAUGGUACAUGAGCCUCGUUUGAUUUCCUUUGUAAUUCUAUUGUGUACAAUUCUGCAAAUGUACAAUAUUGUAAUGCUAACAUUAUAAUGAAUGAUAUAAUCCAAGAGGAGCAGGACAACUGGUGUUUUGCUCAACUCAACACCCUCAGAAUUAAAGGUUUGCGAUGAUAACAAGUAUGAUCCACUAACCCAGAGCCAAAGUCAAAUGACCUGAAGUCAAGUCAUUCUUGAGGUCAGCUGUGGCUAUAACAUUACAAUUCGAAUGGUAUCAAAGACUGUUUUAUGCCUUUUAAUUAAAACAAGUCUGGGGUCGUUAUAUUAUUCCAAACUGAAUGGAAUUCCACUUUGCUUCUUCCUUCUAGUUUGCCUCUGACAAUACAGGACUAUUGUAUGAGACCAUGGACUCCACUACUUCUGAAUUUGACAUCACUUACCUCCAGAAUGGUUCUACUGUCCAGGACUUCAUCGAAGAGAAGAUCAAUGAAUCAGUGACUGAAAAAGAUGCCUUCUACGUCUGUGACUUGGGUGACUUGCUGAAGAAACACCUGCGCUGGGUGAAGGCCCUGCCUCGAGUCACGCCUUUUUAUGCUGUAAAAUGCAAUGACAUCCAGCCAGUUGUCAAGACAUUGAUGGAAUUAGGAAUCGGCUUUGACUGUGCAAGCAAGAAUGAGAUCCAACAAAUUUUAUCUCUGGGGGCGGAUCCAAGUCAAAUUAUCUUCGCCAAUCCCUGCAAGCAGAUUUCUCACAUCAGUUAUGCUUCUGCUCAUGGGGUCCAGAUGAUGACCUUUGAUAGUGAGGAGGAACUCAUAAAAGUGGCCCAGCAUCAUUCUACUGCCAAGCUGCUGUUGCGCAUUUUUACUGAUUGCUCAAAGGCAAAGCAUCCCCUGAGUAAAAAGUUUGGGGCCUCACUCCACACUUGCCGAGGUCUUUUAGAGCAGGCUAAGGAACUAGGGUUGGAUGUGAUUGGUGUCAGCUUCCAUGUUGGCAGUGGAUGUAUUGACCCUGAAGCCUUCAGCCUAGCUAUUACAGAUGCUCACUUGGUUUUUCAAACAGCGGAUGAACUUGGCUUUAGGAUGAAUGUCUUGGACAUUGGUGGAGGAUUCCCAGGUUCAGAUUUUGAUAAACCACAGUUUGAAGAGAAAGUUAUGAUAUAA